UUGGGAACAGGUUCUUCUUUCACUCUUUGGAAUUGGAUUCUUUCCUUCUAACCUCAAAGCAACUUGGCAAGUUUGGAUCACAAAGAUAGAGAGAGAGAAACAGAGAGAGAGAGAGAGAGAGAGGAAAGUGUUCACAUUUCACUUUUCUCUUCCCACUCAAGAUAGGAAUUUUUUUUGUUUCUGGUACCUUGAAAAAAAAGCCUUUGAAGAAAAACAUAAGAGGCUCAUUUUCAAAACUUCAAGAGAAGAAAACACCAAAAUGGUGAACUACCCAUGAACAAGUUAGGUGAGUUGAGUUCAACAUAUUGUGCCAAAACAACAAAUAUUGUAGAGCAUAUAUUUUCUGUCUGAGAGUUGAGUGUAAAAAGCUGAGAUUUUGGGGGGAUUUUGUUCUAUGUAAGUGUUAAGAUGUGACUAGGAUUGUGUUGAUUGAGGAACAUAUUUUUAUGGGUAUGCUUUUGUGUUCUGUGGAAUGUCAGAAAACAUGUAUCCUAGGUGGUUUUUUGACCAUACCCAUUUGAAGAUGGCUUGGAUUCAGCAUCAAAUUCAGCAAAAAGAUGGUUACUUGAGCUACCCACCACCGGUUUUGUCUUCAUCUUCAUCCCCAUACCCUGGUGCUGGUUUUCACAAGGAACCAAUGUCUUCUUCUUCAACAACACCACCACCUUCAUCAUCUAGUACUAGGAUUAGUCCAGCUGUUCUUUUCAUUAUAGUGAUUCUUGCUGUUCUGUUUUUCAUUUCUGGUCUCCUCCACCUGCUUGUUAGAUUUCUCAUGAAGCACCCAUCUUCUUCUGCAUCUGCUCAAUCUAAUAGACACCAUGAAAUUUCUACCUCUGAUGCUCUCCAAAGACAGCUGCAACAGCUCUUCCAUCUCCAUGACUCAGGUCUGGAUCAAGCUUUCAUUGAUGCACUUCCUGUUUUUCUGUACAAAGAGAUUGUGGGUCUGAAAGAGCCAUUUGAUUGUGCUGUUUGCCUGUGUGAGUUUUCUGAAAAGGAUAAGCUGAGGUUGCUACCUAUGUGCAGCCAUGCUUUUCAUAUCAGUUGUAUAGACACUUGGCUUUUGUCAAACUCCACAUGCCCCCUUUGUAGAGGAACCCUCCUUACUCCUGAAUUUUCUGUUGAAAACCCGAUAUUUGAUUUUGAUGAUCUGAGGGAAGAUGAUGGAUGCCCAUGUAAUGUGGAAAAUGGAUUCACUACUAGACAAAAAACAGUUAUGGUUGAAGACACUGUAGAUAAAGGAGUUGUCCCUGUGAGGCUUGGUAAAUUCAAAAAGCUGAAUGUGGAGGAUGUGGAGAUUGGAGUAGGAGAAACAAGUAGCAGUAAUUUGGAUGCAAGAAGAUGUUACUCAUUGGGAUCUUACCAGUAUGUGGUUGGCAAUUCAGACCUCAGGGUAACCUUGAACCAUGACCACAAAGAUCACAAUACAAGGCUCACUAAAGAAACUGAACAUGGCGAGAAGCUUUCACUGGAGGGGGAUAUGGAAGCAAAGAAGAUUAGAAGUGUGAGUAAAGGUGACAGCUUUUCUGUGUCCAAAAUCUGGCUGUGGCCGAAGAAGGGAAAAUUUUCUAGCUCUUUGGAGGCUCAAAUUGGCAUGCCAUCUUACCUUAAUACAGAUUUGCAAGGGAAGAGGGGAACAGAAGGGGCAUGAAAGGUAUCCAGAUUAUUAUUCUUUCACUUAAAUUCAUUUUAAUCCAUUGGUUAGAGCUUCCCUUGCCUUAGAAUUCCAAAAAAUUUUGGUGUGCUAAUUUUGAAAUUGUGAUGACUGAUUGUGGCAUGAUAUUGAUGUAUUAUGAUUCUACGUUAAGAAGAUAUAAGAAAUACAUCCCCUUCUUUCUUCAAACAGAUAUCCUAACUAGGUAGGUUGUAUGAUGAAAUUGGAUUUUUGAUAACAAAUUUUGUUCUAUCUUAUUUGGUUAUGCAAUGUGCGAACAUCAACAAAUCCUUGCUAGAUUUAUUAACACCCUAGUCCUACAAA